UGUCAGCACUGCUGGGCUGCACUGGUAGGCACUGGUGGGUGGCACUGGUGGGCACAGGUGGGUGGCACUGGUGGGCACAGGUGGGUGGCACUGCUGGGCACAGGCAGGUGGCACUUCUGGGCACAGGUGUGUGACACUGCUGGGUGGCACAGGUGGGUGCACUGCUGGGCACAGGUGGACGGAACUUGUGGGUGGCACUGCUGGGCACCGAUCAUCAGGGCACUGAUCAUCAGUGCCCUGAUGAUCGGUGCCGAUCCCUGCUGUAACAACUGCCAGUUCUCGGCAGUACUUUCCUCACGAUCUGACAGCGUGAGGAAAGUGCAGGCAAGAACCGGCUAUUGC